CGGCUGCUGAGUGCCCGGCGAGGUCCAGACUACACUUGCUACCAGGUUGAAAAGGAGGAGGCAGGAGGAGCGGCGGUAGCUGGGGAUCGGAAAGAAGCAGACCCACGGCGCCCGCAGAGCUGACCUGCCUGGGCCCUCUGCCCUCUCCGGACUCCCUGCCAUUGUACCGGGCUAUCAUCAGAAAAGCUCAGUUUGUUGUGUACUAAGGAUCAGAACAUCUGAUCCUGAUUGCAGAACCACCUCUAGUUACAGAAAUUUUGGGUUUUGUCUCCCACCUCAUCCUUCUAGACUAUCUUGGAAAACCUAUAGGAUCCCAUUUGGGAAAACUAGGAGUUCUUAGAAGGGAAAGAAGAUAAUUAUUGGUUGGAAUAAAAACAGGGUUGAAUGAGUUCCAGAAAGCAGGGUUCUCUAACUCGUGGACAACAAUCUACAGAAGAAGACAACUUCAAAAAGCCAACUAGAAGCAACAUGCAGAGAAGUAAGAUGAGAGGGGCCUCCUCUGGAAAGAAGACAGCUGGCCCUCAGCCGAAGAACCUUGAUCCAGCUCUUCCAGGCAGAUGGGGAGGUCGCUCUGCAGAAAACCCCCCUUCAGGAUCAGUGAGGAAGACAAGAAAGAACAAGCAGAAGGCUCUUGGAAACAGUGGAGAAGGUGGCAGUACCAGCGAAGCACCUCAGCCCCCAAGGAAGAAAAGAGCCCGGGCUGACCCCACUGUUGAGAACGAGGAAAUAUUCAAGAACAGAAUGGAAGUUAAGGUGAAGAUACCUGAAGAACUGAAGCCAUGGCUGGUUGAGGACUGGGACUUAGUUACUAGGCAGAAACAGCUGUUUCAGCUCCCUGCUAAGAAAAAUGUGGAUGCCAUUCUUGAAGAGUAUGCCGAUUGCAAGAGGUCACAGGGAAAUGUUGAUAAUAAAGAAUAUGCUGUUAACGAAGUGGUGGCAGGAAUAAAGGAGUAUUUCAAUGUGAUGUUGGGCACUCAGCUGCUCUACAAAUUUGAGAGGCCCCAAUAUGCCGAAAUCCUCUUGGCUCACCCCGAUGCUCCAAUGUCCCAGGUGUAUGGAGCCCCUCACCUACUGAGAUUAUUUGUGAGAAUCGGAGCAAUGCUGGCUUAUACACCACUUGAUGAGAAGAGCCUGGCAUUAUUGUUAGGCUAUUUGCAUGAUUUCUUAAAGUAUCUGGCAAAAAAUGCGGGGUCACUCUUUACUGCCAGUGAUUACAAGGUGGCUUCUGCUGAGUACCACCGCAAAGCCCUGUGAGGGUCUACAGACUACUCACUCUUACGUCUGGUAUCUGUAAACACUUUUUGUUUCUAGUCUUUUUCUUGUAUAAUUGAUGUCCUUUGAAAUUGUUAAUGUAUAACAGGGCUUAUGUUUCAGUUUUUCUGUUCUGUUUGAAACAGAAUAAAGGAGAGUGCAAAUUCCUUUCUCAUUUCAAAGUUGCUACCAGUGUAUGCAGUAAUUAGACAAAGAACAUUCAGUAGAACAUUAUAUUGCCUAGUCAACAACAUUGCUUGAAUGCUGGUGGUUCUAUCCCUUGACACUACAGUUUUCUAAUAUGUGUUAAUGCUACUAUGUGACAAAAUGCCCUGAUUCCUAGUGCCAAAGGUUCAAGUUAAUGUAUAUACCCGGAAACCCAUGCAUUUGUGCUCUUUUUUUAAUGGUGCUUGAAGUAAACAGCCCAUCCUUUGCAAAUCCAUCUUUGUUAUUCCUUAGGCAUUCUCUGUUUGCUCAAGUUGUUGAAGGAUGGGGAUUUGUUUCAUGGUUUUUGUAAUUGGGUCUAAUGCACGUUCUAACAUGAUAGAGGCAAUGCAUUAUUGUGUAGCCAUGGUUUUCUGGAGAAGUUGAUAUUUUAGGAAUUGUAUUUCAGAUCUUAAAUAAAAUUUGUUUCUAAAUUUCAAAGCAAAUAA